CGACCGCCCGGCGCGUGCCCGCCGCCCCCCGCCCGCAGCGCAGAGCAAGACUAAUUAUGGAACAGAAAUCCAGAAAAUGACAGAAAACCCUUAGUUGCCCUCUUCCAGGACAGUCAUGUUGGAAGGGUUGGUAGCCUGGGUCCUCAACACCUACCUGGGCAAAUAUGUCAAUAACCUGAACACAGACCAGCUCUCAGUGGCACUUCUGAAGGGUGCUGUUGAAUUGGAAAACUUGCCACUAAAAAAAGAUGCUUUAAAGGAACUGGAAUUACCAUUUGAAGUAAAGGCAGGUUUCAUUGGCAAAAUAACACUGCAGAUCCCUUUUUAUCGUCCACAUGUGGAUCCAUGGGUGAUAUCUGUCUCAAAACUGCACCUCAUUGGUGCACCAGAAAAAAAGGGAGAGUUUGAUGAGGAAAGGGAGAAGUUGCAAGAGAGAGAACACAAGAAAGCCCUUCUGCUGGCACUUGAGGAAAAAUGGAAAAAAGAACAACAACAGAAAGGGGAGUCCUACUGGUACUCAGUUACUGCAUCUGUAGUCACAAGAAUUGUAGAAAACAUUGAAUUAAAAAUCCAGGAUGUGCAUCUGAGGUUUGAAGAUGGGGUCACAAAUCCCUCGCAGCCCUUUGCGUUUGGCGUGUGCAUCAAAAACGUCUCGAUGCAAAAUGCAGUGUUUGAACCAGUGGAGAAGCUCAUGCGGAAAAAACAGCUGGAUGUUGCUGAUUUCAGUGUUUAUUGGGAUACCAACUGCACUUUGUUGGGUGACCUCCCUCCUGGUCAGCUGCAGGAAGCAAUGGAUAGAAGUAUGGAAAGUCGGGAUCACAAUUACAUCAUGGAGCCUGUCUGCACUUCUGCUCUUCUGAAGAGAAACUGCUCCAAGGAGCCUUUAAGAUCCCGCCACACUCCACGGCUGGAAUGUGACAUUCAGCUUGAGACUAUUCCCCUGAAGCUUUCACAGAUGCAGUACCAGCAGAUCAUGGGAUUUUUAAAGGAACUGGCAAGAAAGGAACGACAGCUUAAAUUCAGGAAGUGGAGACCAAAGGUUACAGUAACAGAGAACUGCCGGGAAUGGUGGAUCUUUGCUCUGAACGCGAAUCUGUCGGAGAUCAGGGAGCAGAGACAACGUUCCACGUGGGAAUUCGUGCUGCAUCGGGCCCGGGAUGCUGUGUCCUACACUGACCUGUACUACAGCAAGCUGAAGGGGGAACCACUGACUGCUGCAGAGCAGGCAGAAAUGCAUCGCAUUGAGGAUGAGCAGACUUAUGAAGAGCUGAAGAUUCUGUAUGAGAUAGUUCACAAUAAAUUUCAUGACCUGGUUGAGAAUGUCAAAGAGCCCUUGCCUGAUUCCCUUGGAGGUUCCCCUACUGCAGAAUCCACCCAUGGCAGCAGCACUGGGAUGCUGCAGUACCUCCAGUCUUGGUUUCCUGGCUGGGGAGGUUGGUAUGGAGAUACCCAGCAGACAUAUGAAGGUGAACCUUUUGAAGGGCUGCUGCCAGACCCAAAGGAACAGUGGAAUCCAGAAGACAUCCUGGGUGCAGAUGAAUUUUUUGAUCCUGCUGCAGAUGCUUCAAGCAUGAAUACCUUUACCAAGAGAGAUCAUGUUUUUGCUAAAUUAAAUCUACAGUUGCAGGGUGGCUCUUUCACUCUUUUGCAUAAGAAGAAGAAGAAGAAGGUGGUGCCUGCUGAGGAGACUGCUUUUAUGCAGCUGGAGUUUUCUGGUGUAAAGAUCUUGGCAGAAUCCCUUCCUCGCAGAAAGUCUUCCCUUCUCAAAGUUCAGCUUGGUGGCCUUUUCCUGAGGGAUUUGGCAACAGAGGGGACCAUAUUUCCUGUUCUUGUUUUCCCAAAUCCUCAAAAAGAGGUUGGCUGCAUGUCUUCCUUUGGACUCCAAAGUUUGUCCUCAGAAAUGACUAAUCAGAACACUGUUGCAGAUCCUGAUGCCCCAGUGUUUGAGAUGCUUUAUGAGAGAAAUCCAAUCCACAGCACUUUUGAGAGGCGCCUGGAAGUCAGUACCAGACCUCUAAAUAUUAUUUACAAUCCACAAGCCAUUAAGAAAGUAGCUGACUUCUUCUACAAGGGAAGGGUUCAUACCUCAGGUUUUGGUUAUCAAUCUGAGUUAGAGGCAAGAGUGGCUGAAGCUGCCAGAAGACAGUACAACAAACUGAAAAUGCAGACAAAAGCUGAAAUCAGGCAAACUAUUGAUCGUUUGCUGGUUGGAGACUUCAUUGAAAACAGCAAAAGCUGGACCGUGUGCCUUGAUAUCUCUGCCCCUCAGGUGAUCUUUCCUGAUGAUUUCAAAUUUGUGGAUCCAGUGUUAGUUGUUGUAGAUCUGGGAAGAAUAUUACUCACCAAUUCUCAAGAAGAAUCUAAAAGAACUGCUGAUAAUUUUUCCUCAGAAGCCAAUGAACUGAGUGAUGAGGAAUAUAAAACACCUCUUGCAACUCCUCCCAAUACCCCUCCACCAGAAUCCAACACCAAUAGUGGCAUCAAAAUGCCUGAAUUUACUGGAGUAGAAAUAAGUGAAGAGCAGCUACAGGCACACUUAAUGAGUAAAAAAAUGUAUGAGAGAUACACACUGUCAUUUAUGGACCUUCAGAUCAUGGUGGGCCGAGUGAAAGACAACUGGAAGCACGUUCAGGACAGUGAUGUGGGUCCAACCCACGUGGUAGAAAAAUUCAACGUUCACCUGCAGCUGGAGCGCAGACUGAUCUACACCUCGGACCCCAAAUACCCAGGGGCUGUCCUGUCUGGCAACCUGCCAGACUUGAAAAUUCACAUCAAUGAAGACAAAAUACUGGCUCUGAAGAACUGCCUUACGCAGCUGAGCACGUCUGAAACCAAGUCUGCAGAUGCCCUGCACUUGGGGAGAGACAAGAUCUUUGCAGAGGUGGACCAGUUUGGCAGUUUGCACGACUCUGUGAUGAAUCUCACCCAGAGUGUUGUCAUGCUGGAGCAGCACACCAGGGAGGUUCUUGUGGAGUCUCAGCUGCUUUUGGCCGAGUUCAAGGUGAACUGUAUGCAGCUGGGUGUGGAGAGCAACGGGAGAUACAUCUCUGUGCUCAAGGUUUUUGGCACCAACGCCCAUUUUGUGAAGAGGCCAUAUGAUGCAGAGGUGUCCCUGACUGUCCAUGGCCUCUUGCUGGUUGAUACUAUGCAAACAUAUGGAACAGAUUUUGAUCUCCUGAUGGCUUCUCAUAAGAAUCUGAGCUUUGAUGUCCCAACAGGGAGCCUUCGAGACAGCAGGGCUCAGUCCCCGGUUUCUGGACCACACGAUGCACGUCCCAUCGAUGUCACUGGUUUGGCAGAGAGAUGCACUGCAGCCUCAAACACUUCACCUGGGAACAACGGAAAGGAUCAAGAGUCCCUGAUAAAAUUAGAGUAUCAGUUUGUGAGUGCAGAGUGCCCAUCCAUGAAUUUGGAUAGCAGCCUGCAGGUGAUCUCUCUACAGGUCAACAACCUGGAUAUCAUCCUUAAUCCAGAGACUAUCGUUGAACUGAUUGGGUUUCUCCAGAAAUCUUUCCCAAAGGACAAAGAAGAUUCUAGUCCUCAGCCUUUAAUCACUGACUUGGAAAGAGAUUGGAGGGAACAGGAAACAUUCCAGUCUACUUAUGCCCAGAACACAGAGGUAGCAGUUGAUAUUCACUGGUUGAAUAUACUCCUCCUCAGGACAGUUGGCAUGACAAAUGGAGAAAAAUAUGGCAGAAAAAUUGCCACAGCCAGUAUUGGUGGCACCAAAGUGAAUGUCUCCAUGUGCAGUAAACUGGAUGUGAAUGGCUCUCUUGGAUGCCUUCACCUUAUGGAUCUGACACAGGACAAUGUAAAGAACCAGUACGUGGUGAGCAUAGGGAACACAGUGAGGUAUGAAAAUCUCAUGGGUGAUGUAGAUUACUUUGAAUCUUUGUUCUUCAGGCUCGAUGAUGGGAAUAGCCUUCCAGAUGCUUUAAGUUUCACUUUCACAGAAAAGUCAAAAGAGGAGUGUUCUCUCAACCUCAAAAUGGCCUCCUUACACUACAACCACUCAGCCAAAUUCCUGAAGGAGCUGACUUUGUCCAUGGAUGAGCUGGAGGAGAACUUCCGCAGCAUGUUGAAAAGUGCAGCCUCCAAAGUCACCACAGUCCUGGCAACUAAAACUGCUGAAUACAGCGAGAUGGUUUCUUUGUUUGAUACCACCCCACGAUCAAGAGAUGUUGCCAGCACAGAAGAUAAUGAAGGGGAUGCAUUUGGACCACAGCCCCUCAAAACUGAUACUAUCAAGCUCAUAUUGAAUAUAAACAUUGAAUCCCCAAUUGUCUCCAUACCUCGAAAGCCUGGUAGCUCUGAACUGCUUGUAGGUCAUCUGGGACAGAUAUCAAUCCAGAAUUUUGUACCAGGAGAAGAUGAAUCUACGAGUGAUAGGCUGCAAGUUGAAAUUAAAGAUAUUAAAAUGUAUUCUUUAAAUAGCAGUCAGUUUACGAGCAAGAAGGAACCUGCAAGUGAGACACCUCAUGGGCCACAUUCUUCCUCAGGUCCUGCCAGUGUUAACAGCCAGGAAGAAUCCCAUUUUACUCGUCAUGACUUCUUUGAAUCAUUACAUAAAGGCCAUGCUUUCCACAUUCUGAAUAACACCACCAUCCAGUUUAAAUUGGAAAAGAUCCCACUAGACAGAGAUUUGGAGUUAACUUUUCCUCUGAGUAAUGAAGACUUUGGAGUAUCAAGUGUUAUGAGGAUUGAAGGGAAAUUUGUGAACCCUCUUCAGGUGGUGUUAGCAAAACACGUGUAUGAACAAGUCCUUCAGACUCUGGAUAAUUUAAUUUACAGUGAAGACUUGAACAAAUUUUCAACCACUUCUGUGUCUCCAACUGGUCUUAGUUCUCCUUCAGCAUCAGUUCAUAGUACAGGCACAGAAUUCUCGAGUGAGCGGAAGGAAAAUGGCUUAUUCAGCCACUCCGGUUUUAAUUCUGUUCCAAACAAGCCCUUAGCUGUCAGGGAAACAAAGUCUUUUACUCAGAUUCAAGCAAACUUUCAUAUCUCAGAGCUCCAGGUUCAGCUAAGUGGUGAUCUCACACUUGGGGCACAAGGUCUUGUCAGCCUUAAGUUUCAGGAUUUUGAUGUUGAGUUUGCCAAAGAUCACCCGCAGACCUUGUCCAUCCAGAUUGCCUUGCGCUCCCUGCUGAUGGAGGAUCUCCUGGAGAAGAAACCAGACUCUAAGUAUAAGAACCUCAUGGUGUCCCGGGGAGCACCCAAGCCCUCCAGUUUAGCACAUAAGGAGUAUCUUUCCCAGUCCUGUCCCUCAGUAUCCAAUGCAGAAUAUCCAGAUAUGCCACGUUCCCUCCCUUCCCACAUGGAAGAAGCACCAAAUGUCUUUCAGCUUUACCAAAGACCAGUUUGUGCCUCCCGUAAGAAGCCAAAAGAAGUUGCUGAUUCUGAGUAUCCUCUGACUCCACCUCCUUCUCCAACAGCAGACAGAUCCAAGUUGCCCUGUGGAAAAAGUAACUUUGAUGAUUCCUUAGUUCAUAUCAAUAUAUUUCUAGUGGAUAGGAAACAUCCCGAAUUUUCCUCUCGCUAUCACAAAAUUAACCGUAGUGUAGAUGUUGAUUUUAAUUGCCUAGAUGUCUUAAUAACUUUGCAAACUUGGGUAGUGAUACUGGAUUUCUUUGGGAUUGGAUCCACUGCUGAUAACCAUGCUAUGAAGCCGCAGCCUGAAGAUACUCAGCAGACAAUCAAAUCAGAAAUAAAUUCCUUGUCAGCUUCUCAAGCCCAAGAGCCUGUAAACACUAAACUGGAUCUGAAGGUCCAUUCUUUGUCCUUAGUCCUGAAUAAGACAACCAGUGAACUUGCUAAAGCCAGCGUGGCAAAACUUGCAGCUCACUUGGAAGUGAUUGAGGGAGAUUUAGCCUUGCAGGGAAGUAUUGGAAGUCUGUCCUUAAGUGAUCUUACAGCUCAUGGAGAAUUUUACAGAGAACGUUUCACUACCAGUGGUGAAGAAGCUCUCAUUUUCCAAGUCUUUAAGUAUGGGAGGCCAGACCCUUUGCUGCAGAGGGAGUGUGACAUCCGUGUCACCCUGAGGAUGGCCUCAGUGCAGUAUGUGCACACCCAGCGCUUCCAGGCUGAGGUGGUGUCCUUCAUCCAGCAUUUCACUCAACUUCAGGACGUCUUGGGGAGGCAAAGAGCAGCCAUUGAAGGACAAACAGUAAGAGACAAAGCCCAGAGAGCUUCCCGAGUUCUCCUUGAUAUUGAGGCUGGUGCUCCUGUUCUGCUUAUCCCUGAAAGCUCCAAGUCCAACAGUCUCAUUGUAGCUAAUCUGGGAAAGCUGAAAGUCAAGAACAGAUUCCUGUUUGCGGGAAUGCCAGGCACCUUCUCCUUAAAGAACAAGCAGGAUUCAGUUCAAUUUUCAUCUCCUUUGGGAACCCCAAAACACAGCAUGAAGAAAACAAGUGCUGAUGAGUCCAAAGUACCGAUGGAAGGGCUGGUCAUGAAAAAAUCCUCAGGAACAAACGUUUCCAGGCUGAAGAAUGAGCCUGCACUGAACACUUCAAAUAAACAACAAGGGCACCAACCCAAGCUGCCUGUUGUACCCAACCCUGACAGCCCAGAGGAUCACAUCUGCCUCUUAGACUGCAUUGUGGUUGAUCUGCAGGACAUGGACAUCUUUGCUGCACAGAGAUACCAGAGAGAGUAUUCCAAGGCUGUGGAAGAUACCAGUGCAGACUUGAGCUUUCCAUCCUACUUGGUGAGGCAGACAGGGGGGAGCCUGCUGACAGAACCCUUCAGACUGAAGUUACAAGUGGAGAGAAACUUGGACAAGGAGCUGAGCCAUGCAGUUGCAGACAUAUCAAUACAUGGCAACCUGUCAUCAGUGCACUGCUCCCUGGAUCUGAACAAGUACAAACUGAUCCGUGGGCUGCUGGAGAACAACCUGGGGGAGCCCAUCGAGGAGUUCAUGCGCCCUUACGACCUGCAGGAUCCCAGGAUUCAUACAGUUUUGAGUGGAGAAGUGUACACUUCCAUGUCGUUCCUCAUUGACAUGGUCAACGUGAGCCUGGAACUGAUGGAUCCAAAGGGAAGAGAUGGACACAGCUCUUUAGCCAGGUUUGAUUUUAAGAAAUCCAAGUUGCUUUUUGAAAGCUCUUCCAAUGGAACAAAGUCUGUCAAUCUGGUUUCCCAUUCCAUGAUGGCCUUUGACACCCGUUAUGCUGCACAGAAAUACGCUGCAGGGCCCCCAAAUGUCUUCAACUGCAUCUUCCAGUCCUCCAAGAACACCAGCAGCCCAGGAGCCAUCCAGAUUGAACUGCACUUCAGGUCUACUAAGGAUUCCUCCAGUUUCACAGUUGUUCUGAACAAUCUUCGUGUAUUCCUGAUAUUUGACUGGUUGUUGCUGGUCCAUGACUUUUUAUAUACUCCUGGAGAUACCAAAAAGCGGGAAAACCCCCUUUCGUCCCGGCAGAGAACUUACAUCAGUGACACAACUGUGGUUCCCAAAGCAGUGAAAAGUGGGGUUGUUACCAAACGUUCUUCACUGCCUGUGACUGCAGAAAAGCAGCUGGAAGUGAAGGUUAAUGUGACAGGAACUGAGUUUGUGGUGGUUGAAGACAUGUCUUGCUUCGAUACCAACGCCAUUAUUUUGAAGGGGACGACUGUUCUCACCUACAAGCCCAAGCUGUUGGAUCGUCCUUUCUCUGGGAGUUUGUUUGGCAUUGAGGUGUUCUCAUGCAGGUUAGGAAAUGAGCAAGAGACUGCACUGUCAAUUAUUGAUCCAGUACAGAUUCAUAUGGAGCUUGUUGGGAAUUCUUCCUACCCAAGUGGUUCAGGACUGCUGGAUGCUUUCAAUAGUGAAGAUUUUCCUCCUAUUCUAGAGAUUCAGUUGCAGGCACUGGAUAUCAGACUGUCCUACAAUGAUGUUCAGCUCUUCUUGGCAAUUGCAAAGUCAAUUCCCCAGCAGACAAGUGCAGCUCUGCCUGACUCAACUGCUGCAAGUGCUGCUCAUCCCCCCAGCUCAGCUCUGGGGACUGAGGCCUCCUCCACACAUGAAAACAGGGAUAUAUCCAAACGUGUGCUGGAUCCUGUGCUUGAGGUGCAGCUGGCUCGCCUCCAGGAGCUGGGAUUCAGCCUGGAAGAUUGUCGGAAAGCUCUUCUGAUCUGCCAAGGUGACUUGAAAAAAGCAGCAAGUUGGUUGUUUAAGAAUGCUGAACCUUUGAAAUCAGUUUCCCAGACCUCUUCUGCUCGAGACAGCCAGGGGAUUGUGCCUUUCCAGUUCAUCUCUGGAGUGGAGAUAAAGGCAGAGAGUGUGUGCAUUUGCUUUAUUGAUGACUGCAUGGACUGUGACGUGCCCCUGGCUGAGUUAACCUUCUCACGUUUGAAUUUUCUCCAACAUUUGCGAACCAGCCCUGAAGGUUACGCUCAUUUUACCCUCUCUGGAGAUUAUUACAAUCGAGAGCUUUCAGGCUGGGAGCCCUUCAUUGAGCCGUGGCCCUGCUCGGUGUCUUGGCAACAACAGGCCUCGAGCCGCCUCCACCCCUCCCGCCUGAAGCUGGAAGUGAAGGCCAGACCACGCCUGGAUAUAAACAUCACCUCUGUCCUCAUAGAGCAAUACACAUGUACCAAACAGUCAUGGAUGGAAGAUUACUGUAAACAGGACAAAGAAGUGAAUGUAAUCAGCUCAGAAGACUGGAUGGGCUCUUCGGUGGAUCCCCCAUGUUUUGGGCAGAGCCUUCCUCUUGUGUACCUUAGAACUAGGAGUACAGCCAGUUUGACUAACCUAGAGCAUCAGAUCUAUGCUAGAGGUGAAAUGAAGACUCCAAAGCGCAGGCAGCCCUUUGUGCCCUUUGCUCUGAGGAAUCACACUGGAUGCACUCUGUGGUUUGCCACCCUGACCACAACCCCGACCCGGGCUGCUCUGUCUCACAGUGGGAGCCCAGGUGUUGUUCCUGAGGAAAAUGGGACGUUGCUGGAUGAUGCCCAUAAUGUCAGUGAAUGGCAAGAAGUUAUCACUGGGGAAGAGAUUCCAUUUGAGUUUGAAGCCAGAGGGAAACUCAGACACAGGCACACACAUGAUCUGAGGAUUCACCAGUUGCAAGUGAGAGUCAAUGGCUGGGAAGAAGUGAGCCCAGUGUCUGUGGACAAAGUUGGAACGUUUUUCCGAUAUGCUGCACCAGAUAAGAACUCCUCCUCCUCCACUCUUGGAAGCCCAAUAAGUAGAACAAAUAUAAUACAUCCACAAGUCUACUUUUCUUCAUUGCCUCCAGUUCGUGUGGUGUUUGAAGUCACCCUGGAGGGCGGUGCCCGGAAGGUGAUAACGGUGCGCUCGGCCUUGAUGGUGAAGAACAAGCUGGAAACUCCAAUGGAACUGAGACUGGACAGUCCUUCUGCCCCUGACAAACCUGUGGUCCUUCCAGCAGUUAUGCCAGGAGAUUCCUUUGCCAUCCCAUUACAUCUGACAUCCUGGCGUUUGCAGGCCAGGCCCAAAGGAAUGGGAGUCUUUUUCUGUAAGGCCCCAAUUCACUGGACUAAUGUUCAGAAGACAACAGAGGUGUGCAGCAGCAAGAGGGAGUGUCACUCCAUGGAGUCUGAAAACAGCAGGUUUUUCAGGUUUUGUGUGGCUAUAAAGAAGGAGGAUUACCCUGAUUACAUGCCUUCCAGCAUUUUCUCUGACAGUGCUAAGCAGAUUUUCAGGCAGCCUGGGCACACGAUUUAUCUCCUGCCAACGGUGGUGAUCUGCAACCUGCUCCCUUGUGAGCUGGAGUUCUACGUGAAGGGUUUGCCCAUCAGUGGAACCCUGAAGCCUGGCAAAGAGGUGGCCUUGCACACGGCUGACACGUCCCAGAACAUUGAGCUCGGUAAGGUUCUUGUCCAGGCAUUGAAAAGCACGUUGGGAUUCCCCCUGAUCCGGUUUGAGGAUGCUGUGAUUAACCUGGAUCCCUUCACCAGGGUCCAUCCCUAUGAAACUCAGGAGUUCAUCAUUAAUGACAUUCUGAAACACUUCCAGGAGGAGCUGCUCAGUCAGGCAGCAAGGAUCCUGGGUUCUGUGGAUUUCCUUGGCAACCCCAUGGGUCUGUUGAAUGAUUUUUCAGAAGGUGUUACUGGCCUUAUAAAAUAUGGCAACGUGGGUGGGCUCAUCAGGAACGUCACACACGGAGUAUCCAACUCUGCUGCAAAGUUUGCUGGGACCUUGUCAGAUGGCUUGGGAAAGACCAUGGAUAACAGGCAUCAGACGGAGCGGGAAUACAUCCGAUACCACGCUGCAACCAGUGGGGAGCACCUGGUGGCUGGAAUCCAUGGACUUGCACAUGGUAUCAUUGGAGGACUGACAAGUGUCAUAACUUCCACAGUGGAAGGUGUGAAGACAGAAGGAGGGGUCAGUGGUUUCAUAUCCGGCCUUGGGAAGGGGCUGGUGGGCACCGUGACCAAACCCGUGGCCGGAGCGCUGGAUUUCGCCUCGGAAACGGCUCAGGCAGUGAGGGACACGGCCACCCUGAGCGGCCCCAGGACGCAGGCGGAGCGAGUGCGGAAGCCGCGGUGCUGCCGGGGGCCCCAGGGGCUCCUGCCCCGCUACCUGGAGAGCCAAGCAGAGGGACAGGAGCAGCUCUUCAAGCUGACAGACAACAUCCAGGAUGAGUUCUUCAUAGCAGUGGAGAACAUCGACAGCUACUGUGUGCUGAUCUCCUCCAAGGCCGUGUACUUCCUCAAGAGCGGGGACUACACGGACCGCGAUGCCAUCUUCCUGGAGGUCAGGUAUGAUGACCUGUACCACUGCCUGGUGUCCAAGGACCACGGCAACGUCUACAUCCAGCUCACCAAGAAGGCUGUGAACACGAGCAGUGGGGUGGCCAUGCCAGGCCCCUCCCAGCAGAGACCUAUGGUGAAAGUGAAAUCAGAAGCCCUGGCAGUAAAGCUGUCUCAAGAAAUCAACUAUGCAAAGAGCCUUUACUACGAGCAGCAGCUGAUGCUGAGACUCAGUGAAAAUCAAGAACAACUCGAGCUGGACUCUUGAAAACCCACUUCCUCACUGCCAGAGUGACCUGCAAGCACCAGGCUGGAGCCAGAACUGAGAAGGAAAAAAAUAUAAUUUUAGUAUUUAGUGAAAACAGGAGAGGUGACUUUUCUUUUUCAAGCACUAGGUGUGUAACAGAGGUGUAGCUGACACAGCUUUGGGUCUGGGAGAAGCCCUGUAUUUUGCUAACAUGUAUAUAUGUACAAGUGUCCAUGUAAAUACGAGCGGGCAGGCGGGUGUUGGUAUAAAUACAAGUCUGUUUACUGUGUAAAGAAAUUAAAGGAGCUCUACUGAGUCAUACUGCACUACCUGACACGA